UAGGGCUUUACAAAUUACAACUCCACAAACAGUGUCGUAAAAAGACUCGGAGAGCGCUAUCUCUCCCCGUACAGACCCAGCCGGCUGUCUGUUUGCUCCGACUACUCGUAGCCAGCCACUAAUGGCGGAAUUAAUAUGCAGAAAUCUCAGAGACGGAGCAUUAGAAGGCGAGCACGCGCCUGCUCUCACUCUCAAGGGCUCCAUUGAUUCACCUCUCGGACCACUUGUUUUCAAUCACAUUCUCUCCCAGCUUUUUUCCAACAUUUCGGCCGGUAAAUCGCAGUCUCGAGGAAUUUUAUUGGUCGCUUUAUCUCGGCCGCCGUCGUUCUAUGCUGAAUUGCUAAAAUGUAGAGGGAGUGACGGCGGUUCCUCGAAUAAAUGGCUUAGUGUUUUGGAUUGUUAUACGGAUCCUCUUGGGUGGAAAAGCCGGCUCAUGGAGCGUGGAACUGUUAAUAAUACUUCCCAAAACACUUCGGUUAAUGCUACCUUAUUCACCCAUGUGAAGGACUCAAACAAGUUAUUGGCAUCAAUUGUUGAACGAGGGAAAGAAAUGGUUGGAGAAGGAAAAGGUCGAUUCUCAGUUGCCAUUGAUUCGAUAAGUGAGAUGCUGAGACAUUCAUCCAUCCAUUCGGUUGCCAGGAUUUUAAGCUACCUUCGUAGUCAUGACCAGGUUUCAAGCGUGUUUUUCUUAUUAAAUUCAGACCUUCAUGAGUCCAAAGUUGCUUCUACUCUUGAAUAUAUGUCUACAAUGCGUGCUGAUAUAGUACCCGUGGCUCAAACAACAAAUGGUCAAAGGGUUAACUCGGAGAACCUCUCAGUAGUGGAACAAAACUUUAAAAGAGGGAAACUUCAUGUACGCUUCACACGCAGGAAUGGGCGUGUUAGAGUGACGUGUGAGGAUGCUUGUGUUGAGGAUUCUGGCAUUAAGUUCACUCCUGUUUCUUUGGAAGAUGGUCUAACUGCUCAGAGCCUUGUGCCCAAGGUGCAAUUUAAUCUUCAGCUGUCAGAAAAGGAGCGACUUGACCGAGAAAACGUUGUACUCCCAUUCGAGCACCAGGGGAAUGGUAAGCCCAUUGAAAUCUACGAUGGUAGGAAGUCGCUCAACAACACAAAUGAACACCGAGAUGCUUCGGCUAAGAUGCCCCUUACAAACGACGAUUCUGGCAAGGGCGAAAUUAUCUAUUUUCGUGAUUCGGAUGAUGAGAUGCCAGAUUCUGAUGAAGAUCCUGAUGAUGAUUUGGACAUAUGAUUUUCUCUGUUUCUUCCUGCAGAGCUAGCAGACCAUGCAUGUACCAAUGCCAAGGUGACAAAAUUGAUGCUUCAUCACUAGAGCCUUUCUGAAAGAUUGUGUGAGCUUACCAAAAUCCACUGAACAUCUAGGUUUCAACUAGAAAAUUUGUUUAUAUUUCAUGGAAUUCUCUUCCCAUAGCAAAAGGUAUUUAGCUAAUAUACAGUAAAUGCCACUUAUGUUUGUUCUGACAUUAUACUCUUGUAAUACUUUACUUUGAAACAAUAUUGGUCUGUUUGAUAUGCUGGAAAA